UCCCUCGGUGGCAGAGAACAACGAAUUCGCAAAAAAAACGCGACGAACACGAUAAAAAAAGGUCGAAGAGAAGUGGGAGACCCAAGCCGCGAGCAAUGUGUGGAGGCGCCAUCCUCGCUGAGUUCAUCCCGCCGCAGGCGGGGGCGCCGGCGUCGAAGCGGGUGACCGCCGGCCAUCUGUGGCCGGCGGGCGCCAAGAACGGCGGCGGCAAGAGCAAGAAGAAGAGCUUCGCGGAGGCCGACGACUUCGAGGCCGCGUUCGAGCAGUUCCACGACGACUCCGACUUCGACGACGCGGAGGAGGACGACGACGGGGGCUUAUUCGGGUCUCGAUCCUUGGUGUUCACGUCCAAGUCUCCUGCCCACGACGGGCGCGCGGCGAGGGCGGCGAGCAAGAAGAAGCGCGGGCGGCGCCACUUCCGCGGCAUCCGGCAGCGGCCAUGGGGGAAGUGGGCGGCGGAGAUCCGCGACCCGCACAAGGGCACCCGCGUCUGGCUCGGCACGUUCAACACCCCGGAGGAGGCCGCCCGGGCGUACGACGUCGAGGCACGCCGCCUCCGCGGCAGCAAGGCCAAGGUCAACUUCCCCGCCGCGCACGCCGCCGCGCGCCCGCGCCGCGCCAGCGCCAGCGCCGCCGCGCCGCCGAAGCAGCAAUGCCCGCCACCGCCGGCGACGGCGCCCGCCGCCGUGCCACGCGGGCUGAAGCGGGAAUUACCGCCGGCCGAGGCCUUCACCACGGCCAGCCUCGUCGACCUGACGACCGCCCCCGCCCCCGUCGUCGCGCCGCCACCGCUCAUGGCCAGCUCCUUCACCGACAGCGCCACGUCGGAGUCCGGCGGCAGCCCCUCCAAGAAGCCGAGAGCCGACGACGCCUCGUCUGAGGGGAGCGUCGGCGGCAGCAGCAGCGACACGCUGGGGUUCACCGACGAGCUCGAGUUCGACCCCUUCUUGCUGUUCCAGCUCCCUUUCUCCGACGGGUACGAGUCCAUCGACAGCCUCUUCACCGGCGGCGACGCCGUCCAGGACGCCAACAGCGCGAACAACGACAUGAACAGCGUCAACCUGUGGAGCUUCGACGAGUUCCCACUUUUCUGAUGUACUCCUCCUCCACAUGAUGCCUGCAGUUCUUGCACUCGUUUGUUAAUCGCAUCGCCGACGAACGUUUAACCGGAGGAUGGUGCAGCUGAUCGAUCGUCGCUUGCUCGUUUUACCAAAUUAUUAUUGCACUGUUUGUGUCUGUCCAGUAGAUUCUGAUUUCUGAAUCUGUACUGUACUGUACUGUGCUGCCGAUCAUCUUAUGAUCAAACUUAUAAAUUAUGUUAUGUACUCUUAAUUUGGGCUUACUUUUACGGGGUCGUCGUACUGCCGGUCAAUGGUCCUAUGAAACCGACCAUGUCGGCGAGAUCGUCAAUUAUCGUGUCCGUGGUUGUUAAUGAUGUCAAAUAAGUUUAAUGAAACCCUGGUCCUCUCGGUGUUUAUGUACUGUA